GGAAGUAAAUACAGUGACAGCUAGAGGGAGACCCUAAAGCCGGAGCUAUACAGUGGGGCGGACAGUAUUACUCUGGUUUAAACUAAACAAAUUAACCUGGGAGCCUUAAGGAGAAACAUCUUCUGCAUUGACAUCUGAUGUAGUGUGUUGGGAUAUAAUGGCGUUUGUUGUGUGCUCAUAAAUGUUACAGAGCGAACGCCGGGUCUAGCGCUAAAGUUAGCUUAUUUAGGCAGCUAGUUUUAGUGACGGGACCGAAGAAGGCAACGACAUGAGUGAAUGUGCGACCAGACACCGGCCUGCUUAAUCAGGAACUGAGAUAGUUCAAUGUUGCAAUGAGGAGCAUCAGCAUCUGUCUUUGAGGGCUCAGAGGCAUGAACUCGGUUUCCCCCAGCGCAGCGCAGUACGUGGGGGUAGUGAUGCAGGAUGAGCAGGUGGCGAGUCGGAGGCCGCCGUCCCUGGAGCGGCAGGGCAGCUUUGGAUUCAGAGUGCCUCAAGCUUCAGAUGCAAGCAGAGAUGCAGCCAGAGAGCCUGAUGAGAUGGACAAAGUCAAGGCCAAACUGAUGUCGGCAUGGAACAAUGUCAAAUAUGGUUGGACUAUUAAAACUAAAACCUCUUUCAACAAAAUAUCUCCUGUCACAAUCCUGGGGCACUCUUAUCUACUCAACAAUGAAGAUGAGGUGGAGCGGUUCCGUCGGGAUUUUGUGUCCAGAAUAUGGCUGACCUACCGGAGGGAGUUUCCCCCGCUGGAAGGCUCUACCUGGACAACAGACUGUGGCUGGGGCUGCAUGCUGCGCAGUGGACAGAUGCUGCUGGCACAGGGGCUCGUGGUCCACCUGAUGCCCAGAGAUUGGACUUGGCCAGACGCUCAGCAGCUAACUGAUGUGGACUUCGAGGUGUUCCGACCUCGUUCCCCAGUUCGGGCUGGAGGUGUUCCUAUCCCUUCCUUCGGUUCUUUGCGAGGAUCCAGCAGCCCAGAGAAAAUCCCAGCUGGCAAUCAGGCGCCCAGAUGCUGCCAGAGAAAGAGACCUGAAUCUGCAAGGGACCGGCAGGCGGAGCCCAUCCACUCCAAGCUAAUCACCUGGUUUGGAGACCAGCCUCCAGCACCUUUUGGUGUUCACCAGCUGGUGGAAAUAGGCAAAAGUUCAGGGAAGAAGGCUGGCGACUGGUACGGCCCAUCGAUAGUGGCGCAUAUUCUUCGGAAAGCAGUGGCCAAAACCUCUGUGGCACAAAGCCUCGUGGUAUAUGUUGCUCAGGAUUGCACAGUAUACAAAGAGGACGUGGUGCAUCUCUGUGAUCUGUCACUAAGUCAAAGCCCUGCUGAACCUUCCGACCAGGCCUGGAAGUCUGUCAUCAUACUGGUUCCUGUCCGGCUCGGAGGAGAGGCCCUUAACCCGUCUUACAUUGAGUGUGUCAAGAAUAUCCUGAAGCUGGAUUGUUGUAUUGGAAUAAUUGGAGGGAAACCGAAGCACUCACUCUACUUCAUUGGCUUCCAAGAUGAACAGCUUCUCUAUCUGGACCCACAUUUCUGCCAGCCGGUUGUUGAUGUCGCUCAAGCAGACUUCUCACUGGAGUCGUUCCACUGCAGCUCCCCUAAAAAGAUGCCCUUCAGCCGGAUGGAUCCCAGCUGCACCAUCGGCUUCUAUGCCAAGAACAAGAAGGACUUUGAAUCUCUAUGUGCUGCUGUUGGCAUGGCUCUGUCCACAUCCAAGGAGAAAUACCCCAUCUUCACCUUCGUCGAGGGGCCGGGGCAGGACUAUGGACUUGAGAGUGACAGCAGCAACCACAGUGGGCCCUCAGCCCACAUCUUGCCUCCAGACAUACUGAGCAGGAGUAACAACAGAAGAAGCAGUGAGGAGUUUGUCUUCCUGUGAACCGCUGAGGAACAUGACCUCCCACAUUCCACCACUAGGUGGCAGAAGACUUAUUCUGACUUGGUUCCGGUGGCUACAGCUCCUUGUCGGCCUUGUUUCAAAGAUAUCCCUACAUGAAUCAGUUGAUUGAUCUGCUUUCUUGACUGGAGGAAGUUGAUUUUCAGAUUUCUCUUUUGACGUCUUAACUGGAAAGGACUGAUUAUGUUUUCCCUUCAUAAAGUAAAAAAAAAAUCUAAAACUUCAAUACUCAAGGUUGCAGCUUCCCAUUGUUAUUCCUGCGCAAUAUUCACCUGCUGUACACAUUUUUCUUUUUAAAAAAGUUUCAUCCUCUUUCGAGUUUAUUUAUAAGACUUAUGACUGUGUGUGUGUGUGUGUGAGUAAGUGCAAGAUUUGUGUAAAUUAUUUGUCUUUAAUUGUCCUGAUAUAUUUAGAUGUCAGUGCUGUUGUACCUCCCAGAGGUUUUGAACUCUUGCAAGAGUUUAUUGAACAUCUUCAGUGAAACUUUUGUAUCUCUGAGAAAGCCACAGCCUAGAACCUGUCCUAAUUAUUUGCCAUCAGGAAUAUAAAACUCUCCCAGAAAUCUGCUGUUACAUUUCUCUUGCUGCUAGAAAUGGAUAUUUAUUUUUACUGAGUGGCCAAGCCUCGUCAAACAUUUUUUAAAAACGUAAUCUGGAUACGUUUUCAAAGUAAAACUCAAAGCAGCUCUGCUUAAUCAACAAAGUUGAGGUUUUAUUGUGUUAAUGUGUCACAUGACCAUGCUGAGUUGAGUUUCUGGUCCCAUGGCCUGUUCUGGUCCCAUGACAGCACUUACUGGACAUUGCACUACAACUGUUAGAUAGUUUGCUGUCCAGAUUAAAUACAAACACUGGAACACUA